CUGCAGCUGCGAUACAAACAAAGAGGAAAGAAAAAAAAACUAAUCAGUUGAGGUUCCGUUUUUGUGUGGAGAAAAAAAAAACACGAGUUUAUUUCAAUUAGGUGGCGUAAAAUCUCAGCGGUUCCCAUCUGAAUCGUUUUUUUGUUUUUGUUUUUUUGCGAUUGCUGAUAUAAUGGAAGUCCCUUACGAGCUCUGUUUGCUGCUGCGAAGUGUGUGUGUGUGUGUGUGUGUGGGGGGGGGGGGGGGUGUGUGGGGGUGUGUGUGUGAGGGUUGAUGGGGAAGGUGAGCGGCAUGGAGAGGUGGAGGAGGAAGAGGAGGAAGAGGAAGGUGGGGGUCUCCUAGCAUCCCUCAGCUGCGCGCGGACGGACGCAGCUCGCAGAGGAACGCGGCUGUUUGCACGUUCACUUUAUUUAUUGUCGGUCCAACUCUGACCUCACGCAAACGGUGAACAAAACGACUACAUGGAGAAAGGGCUACUGAUGUGUCAUUGAUGGGAUCCCACAGGCUUGACUAAAGUGUGAUAACUUUUAAAACCUCAAUGGAGCUCAUCCAGGCCACCCAGGUUUCCCUAGUGCCACAGGAAGGAACCACUGCAGCCUGGAACAACAACUCAGUCCUUCUCUACUACCGCCCCUUGUUCUCCACCGUCCCCUACGCACCACUUCCCAGCAUCAGUCAAGCUGAGGAAUCUUUCCUAUUUAACAGCAGUUGUUUAAACUCUACUAAAAGCACACCCACAUCCCUCCCUGGGUUGGCAGGAAUCUUCAUUCCUCUUAUUUAUGGCAUAGUGUGUAUAGUUGGCUUACUGGGAAACACUCUGGUCAUCCACGUCAUCGUAAACUACACCAAGAAUGAGUCGGUCACAAACAUCUACAUCCUCAAUCUUGCCAUCGCAGAUGAACUUUUUAUGCUAGGUUUGCCCUUUUUGGCUGUGCAAAAUGCUCUCCUCUCUUGGCCCUUUGGCUCACUGAUGUGCCGUGUUGUGAUGACAGUGGACGCCUUCAACCAGUUCACCAGCAUCUUUUGUCUCACUGUGAUGUCAGUGGAUCGAUACUUGGCUGUCGUCCACCCAAUCCGGGCCUCCUGGUGGCGACGCCCCCAUGUAGCAAAGGCUAUCAGUGCCACAGUUUGGCUGGUGUCCUUUGUGGUGGUGCUGCCGGUGGUGGUCUUCGCCGAUGUUCUGAAGGAUGAUGGGAACUGCAGCAUUGUGUGGCCUGAACCAGCCGAAGUGUGGAAAACAUCUUUUAUUGUGUACACGUGCACUGUUGGCUUCUUCUGUCCUUUGCUUGUCAUCUCUUUAUGCUACCUGCUGAUCAUCGUCAAGGUGAGGAAUGUUGGGAGGCGGACCCAGACCACAUCCUCCAGACGCAGGAGGUCGGAGCGAAAAAUCACACGAAUGGUGGUGGUAGUCGUAGCAGUGUUCGUUUUCUGUUGGCUACCGUUCUAUGCCCUCAACAUCUUAAACCUGCUCGUGGUCCUGCCCGGAGACUUCAGGGGGCUCUACUAUUUUGUUGUCGUGCUUUCAUAUGCAAAUAGCUGCGCCAACCCCAUACUGUACGGUUUUCUGUCAGACAACUUCAAGAGAGGCUUCAGGAAGGCCUUGUGCCGCGCUUCACGCAAGGUGAAGAACAAUGAAAAGGCUGGCACCGAGGUACAGCGGCCGACGGAGGAGUGGGGCGGCAUCGUACUCCUGUCGCAGAAGAGAAUCACCAACAUGCAUGGGAAAUAUUGUGGUGAAAAUGAUGUACUGGAGGAAGUGGUUGGAGCAGAGGGAGGCUUGCAAAUGAGAGAAAGGAGCAGAUUGUCACAUAAAGGACAAAACUCCAAAGCAGAAGAUGGUGGUAAAUCCCCUGUUAUACAGGAAGCUAAUCCUGAACUGACUCCAGGUGAUGAUGCUCUUGCGGUAGCUCAUUGUAAGGCCAAUAAAAGUCAGAACAGGAACUCACAAACUGAAGAAGUCACAGACAAAAACUCUGUGCUCGAAAUUAGCUAUCUGUAAGAGUUGAUGACAGGGCCUUCCAUUUACAAGAAUGGGGCCUCUGUACAUUUACAUUGUGCAAUUCUUUAAAGUUUAGAGACUGUCUGUUUUGAUGCAAACGCUUUUAUACGUGGUGUAACUAACUUUGAGGUGUCAGCCCAUCAAAAUCUGACAUAGGACCUUCAUUUAAAUGUGUACAACAUGUUGAAAGACCCUCAUUUUGGGGAAACUGGUUGAAGUUUUUCAGUUAUUGCUGCUGGCUUUUACUUUUUCCUGGCCUAUUGCAGUAUUAUGAUGUUCCUGAACAUCUGGUCACCAGGCUGAUGAAACUUCUCACCUUUAUAUGGGAAAGGCUUUAUUACAGCAUGUAUUGCUAGUACUUUAAAGGUGAUUUUAACUUUUAAACAAGGAACAACUUGUGCUGAAAGGCUCAUACACUGUAUGAAUCAUGUUCUCUGUGGUAGAUGGCAGAUAAUGAUUGACCUGCUGUGAAAUGGAACAAAAAUGUCAAGUGUUCAGCUGCUAAGUCCUUUAACAGUAAGUAUUCAGUGUACGGACAUAUGAGCGUUUUGUGAAACAGCAUGCAGAUUGAACUGAGCAUUGUUAAAUAUCAGGCAUAUAUUUUCCCAAAAAUCAACUAAUUGCCAUAAUUUAUGAUGAAAGAUAUGUAGUAAGAGUAAAAGUGAGCCUCUAAUACGGUCACUUAGUCUGUUUUCCUUCAGGUUGAAAUGUUUUACAUGAUAUUGCAGUAGCAUACCUUUAAUGUUAUGUUUAAAUAUCCUCUGUAUGAUUGUGCUGAGAUAAAGGCGCUUAAAUAAUUAAGUGUUGAUACAUAAUUAAGCUUUUAAAGCUUAAUUGAUACAGAAAUGUUUACUUCAUUAUAGCCUGGAUCAGUUUAAAUUAUUUCAGUGUAAUGGUCAAUAUAGUAGUAUUGUGUGAAAUAUGUAUUUUAUUAAUUAUUUAAAACUUAGAGAUCAAACCAAAAUUAACAUAUUGGGUAUAAAAUAUGUACUGGACAUUCUGUGUGAAUGGUGAGAAACAAAAUAGUGUUUUGUGUGUCGACAUUGCGCUCAAUAAAUGGGAGUACCUUGUGUUGUAAGCUUUGUCACUUUAACUACUUUUAAGCUCAGUGGGCCAACAUUGAAUAUAACAAAUGACAAAGCACAAAAUAAUUAUUUUAGAAAAAUGUAUUUCACAUUGCAGCACAAGAAGACGGCAAUAAAUCGUUUCCAACAGGUCAAAGCAGCAACUGUUUAAUUUCGGAAUGCUGCCCUCUAGUGGUAA